UGUUUUCAACGGAGGGAGAGUGGUGAAGAAAAAUGGCGUCUGCAGGCGACCCAGAGCGGGACACCGGCCAUUCAGUUUGAGCUUUCCGCUCACAAAUAGAGACUGGGGGUUGGUGGGGACCUAUCUGGAACCGUCGCCAGAUCUGUUGGCCUUUUCUUCCCCGUUUUUCUCCGGUGUGCGUCGCUCGUUCAAGCAGCGAGAUUGAAGCGGAACAGAAGAUACUCUCUCCCACAAUGAGAGGGAGAAGAGGAAGGCCGCCCAAACAAGCAGCAGUGAUGCGGGAAGGUUCACCCGGGCCAGUCCGUGGCUCUCGAGGCGGCAGGAGUAGAGGGAUGCGUGGACGGGGAAGGGGCAGAGGAAGGGGUCGGGGACGGGGUGCAAGUGGCGGCGUUUGUGGCACUGGCUCUGUGGAGGUAGAUACAGAAAUCUCCGGUCGAGAGAACUUUCAUUCGUCCCGGGGCCGCAGGAAAGUUGGAGCCUCCACCACCGCCGCUACCGCUGCAUCGCGGGGCAGAGGAGGCAGAGGGAGAGGCAGGGGGUCUAGAGGCGGCCGCGGCAGUAGAGGCGGAGUGAGGCGGCCUCAAACCAAGGUGGUCUACGACGACAACAGCGACGAGGAGGAUGAUAAUUUAAGCUACAGAUCAGACGAAGAUGAACUCCUGAACGACAACCCUUCGUCGGAUCUUGAAGAAGAGGAGGCCUUGGGAAACGACUCUGACUAUGUGGAGGAACUACCAGAUGAUGAUGAUGCCAGCUACUGUACCGAGAGUAGUUUUAGAAGCCACAGCACACUCGGGAGCACCCCAGGCCGGAAAAAGACUCGGACACUGCAACCACGGUCACCUAUUCAUGAGGCAAAGGACAUUCCUUCCUUGGAGCUUCCCAAGUCCUCUGAGGACCUCCUUGUUCCUACCUCACAGCUCCUCAAUGUGUCUGCCGUCUACGAGGUGCUCCGCAACUUUGGCACAGUUUUACGGCUCUCUCCUUUCCGUUUUGAGGAUUUCUGUGCAGCUUUGGCCAGCCAAGAGCAAUGCACGCUGUUGGCAGAGACCCACGUCUCCUUGCUCAAAGCUAUUCUCAGAGAAGAGGACACUUCUAACACCACAUUUGGUCCCACUGACGUGAAGGACUCCGUUAACUCCACUCUGUAUUUUGUGGAUGGUAUGACUUGGCCUGAGGUGGUGCGGGCGUACUGUGAGAGUGACCCAGAGUACCGGCACAUUUUACCUUUCCAGGAAAAUGAGGAUUACCCUUACGGACCAUUGGAUAGCAAAAUUAAAGUUCUUCAGUUUUUGGUGGACCAGUUCCUGGCAACCAACAUUGCCCGAGAGGAGCUUAUGUCAGAGGGGGUGGUAGCGUACGACGACCACUGCAGGGUGUGCCAUCGCCUUGGUGACCUGCUGUGCUGUGAGACAUGUUCAGCUGUAUACCAUCUGGAGUGUGUCAAGCCGCCACUGCAGGAAGUACCAGAGGACGAGUGGCAGUGCGAGGUGUGUGUGGCACACAAGGUACCUGGUGUGGCGGACAGCAUCCCAGAAGUGCAGAAGAGCAGACCAUUUAUUCGUCAACUACCGAUUGGCUACGACCGACACGACCGUAAAUACUGGUUUUUGAAUCGCCGCGUUAUCGUUGAAGAGGAUGGUGAGUUGGAGGACAAAGCCAUCUGGUACUACAGCACCAAGGUGCAGCUAGCUGAGCUGAUAGAUAGCUUGGAUAAGGAGUACUGGGAGGCUGACCUGUAUGCAGCCCUUCAGGAAAUAAGGGACGAAGUGCACACGCAUAUGGACAUCACCGAGGACCUAACCAACAAGGCCCGUGGCAGCAACAAAUGUUUCCUCACUGCUGCAAAUGAGGAGAUCCUGGAACGAUUGCGGGCUAAGAAGGAGGAGGAGCUGGAAGAGGUGAAGAGACGGGCUGCUGAGGAGGCCCUGAAAGCGCAGAUGGAGAAGGAGAAAAGAGAGGUGGAUGUGGAGAAGGAAGACGAAGAUGUCAAGUUGAAGGAUGAAGGACAGCAGGAGGCCAAGAUAAAGGAAGCGGCAAAGGAAGAGGGGGAGCAGCGGACAAAAGAAGAAGAAGCUACAAAGAAAAAAGUGGAUGGUGCGAAAGCUGGAGUCGGUGAAGCUCCUCCCACUGGCCAAGAAGGCAAUAGUAGCAUCUCAGAUGGAUCCCUGCUUCCAGCAACCUCUUCUCCAACGCAAACCGUCACUGCAAGCUCUAGUGUGGCCGCCGAGGCUCCGAAGCCUCCGGCCUCGACCGCAGAGGCUCUGACGGAGGCGUGUUCCCAUAUGGAGGUCUCUAACAGCAAUGAAGCAGAAAACCCGCCAUCAAAUUCUGUUCCUGUCAGUGGCGAUGGCAUACCCAGCCUAAGCCAGCCUCCCCACCCCAUUGAGGAAAACAGUAACAGCAGUACUGGAGCUGGUGUCCCUCCGAGGUGUCCUGAACCCCCAGACUUGGCUGACAAGUCCUCCCAGUCAUCCCUGGCGAGCCUUGAUGAUGCAGGGGACGGUAAAGACUCCACCAACGGUGAGGGGACAGGUCCCGGUGCUAAGAAGUCAUCAGCAACUCGCAUGGUGACCCGGCUGAGAAACCCGGACAGCAAGCUGAGCCAGCUGAAAAACCAACAGGUUGCAGCUGCUGUUCAUGAAGCCAAUAAAGGCUUCAAGGAGGGCAGAGAGGUACUGGUAGUAAACGCACAAGGUGACAUCACUCGCGUCAGCACACGCAGCAGCAAAGAGGUGGUAAUGAAGGGGACCCUCAACCAAUACUUCAAGCUUGGGCAGGAGGGCAAGUACCGCAUCUACCAUAACCAGUACAGCUCCAACGCCCUGGCCCUCAACAAGCACCAGCACAGAGAGGACCAUGACAAGAGGCGGCAUCUCUCCCACAAAUUCUGCAUGACACCAGCAGGAGAGUUUAAGUGGAAUGGGUCCAUUUAUGGCUCCAAGGUUCUGACUAUCUCCACAUUGAGGCUCACUAUCAUUCAGCUGGAGAACAAUGUUCCAGCACCAUUCAUGCACCCGAACUGGGCAUCACACAGGACCAAUUGGAUCAAAGCAGUUCAGAUGUGCAGUAAGGCCAGAGAGUUUGCACUGGCUCUGGCCAUCCUGGAGUGUGCAAUCAAACCUGUGGCCAUGUUGCCCAUCUGGAAGGAUUCACUGGGCCAUACCAGGUUAAAUCGCAUGACAUCCAUGGAGCGUGAGGAGAAAGAAAAAGUAAAGAAAAGGGAGAAGAAGUUGGAGGAUGAGGAGACGUUGCAACAGGCCACCUGGGUCAAAUACACCUUUCCAAUAAAACAUCAGGUGUGGAAGCAGAAAGGAGAGGAGUAUCGCGUUACAGGCUACGGGGGCUGGAGCUGGAUCAGUAAAACUUAUGUGCCACGAUUUGUUCCCAGACUUCCAGGAAACACCAACGCCAACUACCGCAAAGAACUGGAAGAUGCUAAACUUGGCAAGAAGUGUACUCUGCUGGACUUGAGUCGACGGCCUAGUGUAGUCACACCAGAAGCUCAGGGAGCUGCUGCAACAAGCAGCGAAGCAACAGAAGAAGACUCCUCUGGCCUCCCCAAGCCACUGACAGAUCAACAAACAUCAAAUGUGAAGAGGGACGAAGAAAAGAAAGAAGAUUUGGAUGAAAAGGAGAAGGCGAAAGAGGAAUUGCCGGCAGAGGAAUCGCCCAUGAAGAUGGAAGUGGAUUCAACAGACUCGCCGUCAGAUGAAGUGCAAAGUUCUUGUAUUCAGGAAGAUAAGGAUUCCCUGAAAGAGGAGCCAACAGAAAGCCUUCAGCGACCAUUUAACUAUGAUGUAGUGGAUGUCAGCAAAGGCUUCCUCACCCGCAUUGCUUACAAGAAGAAGGUCAAGUCCUCCAAACUGGACAGUCUACUUGAACGCAGAGUGAAGCAGCACAUUAUCGAAGAGAGGCAAAGAGAACAGGUGUCAGCCUCCAAACCCCAGGAGCCUAAACAAGUUUCAUCCAUACCAACCCCUGCUCUAAGCACUCCGGUCCGGCCACGGUCACCACUCAAGCCCCAAGCUCUCACUCAGACACAUCUCACACUGGGUGAAGCUGUGAAAGUGGAGGAGAAACCUUCCACAACUGAAACUCCAGGGCAAGGAGAAGUUGGAGGACAAAAAGUAGAAGGGGAGAGUCGGGAUGAACUCUCUGAAACUACAGAUAAGAUUGUCACUCCUCUUCCUUCUCCUGUUACGGACUCCACACCCAAAGACAGUAGCAGUACAGGUGAAAAUUCAAAUUCACCACAACACCAAACCACCUCCUCGCCCCAGAAAUUGGUGGAAAAUGAAAGGACUACGGGGCCAAAGGAAGCUAGUUCGAGGCCAGAGGCUGUUAAACUCCCCGAUGUGCAAGAAACAACAGCUAGUUCUUUAGAGCAACAAGCAGACUGUGUAGCAUCAGAUGUUACGAAGGCUGCGCUUACUGAGAAUGAAGGGUCUGAGGAACCCAAAUUAAAACUGAAUGCUGCAGUGACAUUUAGAAGUGUUCUUGACCAAAAAGACAGUCAAGACACAGCUCCUUUAAAACCAAUUCAGCAAAACACAGAAGUUUUAGGCUCAGUGCAUUUAAGCACAGAGGAAAACGGUAUGGGGCCAGAGGAUAGUCAAGACAAUAUGCAAGAUAUUGGAGAUGGUAGGACUGUAACUGGCACUCCCGAGCCAGUUUCUCCUCUCCCUCAGGUAAAUGGUAAUGACGGUUUUGGGGGUGAAAACAUGCUGGGUAACUCUGUGAUGAGCUCAAAUAAUGGCAUGCCUAACAGGCCUCAGCCCAAGGUGAACAGUAUUGGGAAGGAUGAAGAUGAACAACGGCUUGCUGUGUCGCUGAAAGACAGCACGCAGCAAAAGCCUUUAGUGAACGGGGAUCUUGCUUCUUUAAACACUAGCACGGAGGUUAGGGUCAAAGAAAAUUGUUUAGCUUCUAAGGUAGAGGAAGAAAACAAGAUUACAAAUUCUGACCAAGAUUACAAACCUCCACUGAAGAAAACAAAGCUGGAAAAUAACGUAGACACACCUGCAGAGCAUACUCCGAAUGUUCACAACAGCACAUCAUCUUUUGAGUGCACGGAGACCAAACCCAGUCCUGGCGUCAAGAUCAUAAGAAUGGCUCCCUCUCCUAUACCUUCAGCGGAGGAGUCGAGUCUGAGCGACGACUUUGCAGAGGAGAACGGCAACGGUGGGGCGACGGAACCAGUCAAGACCAUCAUCACCCAGGUAACCACAACCUCCACCACCACUACCACCACAGUACUUUCCACUGAGAUGAGGAUAGCCAAGGUGCCGUCGACGACAUCUGGAGAACCGGUGGUGCCUGUAGUGUCGACAACAGAGAGCAGCGCCGUGUCUACCCUCACAACCAUGACCAAAACAACUGUGACCAAAAUCUUCUCCCCGGGGCUCGAUGGCCAGUCUGAAGACAGCCAGAGUGAAAUGGUGACACAAGAGCAGAAAAGAACACUUUUAGCUUCUGUGGGCGAGUCAACUACUGACGCCAGCGGUAAAACCUCAGUGUCGUCUGUUACCGUGAGCGAGGAGGACUCGUUGUCAACAAAGGGCCGUGUGCGCCUCCUCAAGUUCUCCCGCACUAAGAAGACCCGCUCGGACACAGCUCUUCCCUCUUACUGCAAGUUUGUCACCAAGAGCAGCCGGAAGAGUAUUUUUGUACUUCCGCAUGAUGACUUAAAGAUCCUGGCCAGGCGAGGCGGAUUCCGUGAGGUGCCAGUGUUUAGUUACAAUGCUAAGCCAGCACUGGAUAUCUGGCCGUAUCCUUCGCCCAGGCCUACGUUUGGCAUCACCUGGAGGUAUCGACUGCAGACAGUUAAGUCUAUGGCUGGAGUGAGCCUCAUGCUGAGGCUCCUGUGGGCCUGUCUGAGAUGGGACGACAUGGCCGUGAAACCGUCCGCUGCUGUCGGAACCACGCGUACAGAGACAUCAGAUACUGAAAUCACCACCACCGAGAUCAUCAAGCGCCGCGAUGUGGGACCAUACGGCAUCCGCUCAGAGUACUGCAUACGCAAAAUCAUCUGCCCCCUUGGAGUGCCAGAAACUCCAAAAGAAACCCACACCCCACAGAGGAAGGGUCUGCGAUCCAGUGCCUUGCGCCCCAAGAAGCCCGAACCUGCCAAGCAGACUGGCCCAGUGGUGAUUGAGACCUGGGUAGCCGAGGAGGAGCUGGACCUCUGGGAGAUUAGAGCCUUCUCAGAAAGGGUGGAGAAAGAGAAAGCUCAGGCAGCUGAGCAGGCCAAGAAACGCCUUGAGCAGAAACCAGGCUCAGUCACAACCCCAGCAGGAAGUCCUGCAACACCUGCUGCCACACCCAAAGUGAUCGUUGGCUCACUGUCAGGCCAGGGCACCCCCGGCACCAAGGUGGUCCUGUCCACCAAGAUGGGGACCCCUGUCACAUUCCAGCAGAACAAAAACUUCCAGCAGUCGUUUGCUACCUGGGUGAAGCAGGGUCAAAGCACACAAGGAGCGGGCUCAGAGACCACGGUGGCCACAUCUGGUGGGCACACUUUCCAGAUUACGGGAACUUCUGUUGGUGGAAAGGUUGUGACCACCAAGCUGCCACUACCUGCCAACAGCAAGAUCGUCACAGUCAACGUGCCAACUUCGCAAGGAGGUGUGGUUCAGCAGAAAGUGCUGGGAAUCAUCCCAUCCAGCACGGCAGGAGGUGCCCAAACCUACACCACAUUCCAGCCCCGCACUACCACGCUCAACAUCAGGCCCAAUACUGCGGGCUCCCAACAACAGGUUCUGGCAGGUGGCAGUCAGAUCCGUCCAGGAAUGACAAUGAUCCGAACGCCAGUCCAGCAAACAGGACCAAUGGGAAAGACGAUACUUCGAACGCCCCUCGUGGUCCAACAAGGUCAGGGUGGACAGCAGGUAGUGACACAGAUCAUUCGUGGGCAGGCAGUUUCCACGGCAAUAUCUGCCGCCAGCCCCGUCGCCACGGUCACUGGCCAGGGAGUGGCCAGUCCCAACACAGCGGGACAGGCAGCAGGCCAGACACCACCCGGCACCCCACGAGCACAGGGGCAAGGCCAGGUCAAACUGACCCUGGCACAGCUCACCCAGCUCACGCAGAAGCAGCAGGCUGGAUCUGGUGUGGAUCGGCAGGCUGGUGCCAGUGGUACUCAGCAGGCUCUCACGGUGAUGGUUCAGGGCCAGGGUCAGACCACCGGCCAGCUGCAGGUCAUACCUCACGGGGUCACUGUCAUUCCAGGACCUGGUCAGCAGCUCAUGCAGGCGGCGCUGCCCAACGGCCAGGUGCAGCGGUUCCUCUUCACACCGCUGGCUUCAGCUGCUACGCCCACGUCAAGCACAGCCACAACAGCAACCAGUCAGCCCAGCUCCACCUCAACCAAAACUCCAGCCCAACCUGCUCAGCAGGCCGCUGCCCCGAUUCAGACAGGGGCAGCCCCUCUGGCCACCGCCAGCACCCCUUCAUCGGCCAGCCCUCAGGGCCAGUUACCCCCACAGACGCAGGCCCAUAUGCCCAUCCAGUCUCCUACCUCGCUGCAGGUUAAAACACAGGAAGGAACUACCCAGCUGCAACUGCAGCAGACGUCCCAUGUCAUCAGUGUGUCUGGACUUCAGCAGCAGGUGUUGGCCCAGCUGCAGGCCCAGCAGGUUGGAGGCACGCUGCCACAGCAAAUCAAGCUGCAGCUUCCCAUCCAGAUACAACAGAGUGGGACCACCUCAGCUCAGGGAGGACAGAUUGGGAACGUGGUUACCAUCCAGGCCGCAUCUGUCCAAGAGCAACUGCAGAGAAUCCAGCAGCUCAGAGAGCAGCAGCAGCAGAAGAAGAAACAAGCUGCAGAAGCAAAGAGAGAUUUGGCGCUCAACGCAGCCAGCCAGAGCGACAUCAUUCAGAAACAGGUGGUCAUGAAGCAAAACGCUGUGAUCGAGCACCUGAAGCAGAAGAAAACCAUGACGCCUGCAGAGAGAGAAGAGAAUCAGAGGAUGAUCGUGUGCAACCAGGUGAUGAAGUUCAUCCUAGACCGGAUAGACAAAGAUGAGAGGCAGGCAGCCAAGAGGAGGAAGAAGGAAGAGGUGGUGGAGGCCAAGAGGAGGUUAGCCAAUGCCAGUAAGCUCUCCUCGCUCCUUUACCGACACAAAGAGAGCCUCAAGAUGGAGAUUCUGAAGAAGCGGGCACUUCUUGACAAGGAGCUGCAGCUAGAAGCCCAGGAGGAGCUGAAGAGGGAUCUGCUGCGGAUGAGGAGGGAGAAGGAAAGGGCUCAAGCUGCAGCCCAACAGGCAGCCCAGGCUGCCGCUGCCGCCGCCGCCUCCCACAACCAGCAACAGCAAAAUCUGUCCCACAUCACCUCUCAGCAUCACCUUAGCACGACUGUCAGCUCCGCACACAAGAGGAAACGGGAAGAGGAGAGGGAGAUGACAACGUCAGCCAAGUCCAAGAAGAAGAAAAUGAUCUCUACGACGAGUACAAAAGAGAGCAAGAAGGACACAAAGCUCUACUGCAUCUGCAAGACGCCCUACGAUGAGACCAAGUUUUACAUCGGCUGCGAUCGAUGUCAGAACUGGUACCACGGUCGCUGCGUGGGAAUCCUGCAGAGCGAGGCCAACCACAUCGACGAAUACGUGUGUCCUCAGUGUCAAUCGACAGAGGACGCCAUGACGAGCAAGAAGGACACAAAGCUCUACUGCAUCUGCAAGACGCCCUACGAUGAGACCAAGUUCUACAUUGGCUGCGAUCUGUGUACCAACUGGUAUCACGGAGAAUGUGUGGGCAUCACAGAAAAGGAGGCCAAGAAAAUGGACGACUACAUCUGUGUGGAGUGUAAGCGGGGCCAGGAGAGCAGCACAGAGGAGCUGUACUGCAUCUGUCAGACACCAUAUGACGAGUCACAUCAUCAAGGACUUCUUAAAUUUCUUUCUACUCUGCAGGCACAUAAAAUGGCGUGGCCAUUCCUGGAGCCAGUGGACACGAACGACGCCCCAGACUACUACAGGGUUAUCAAGGAACCAAUGGACCUUUCCACCAUGGAGGAGAGGUUACAGAAACGCGAGUACAUCAAGCUGACGGAGUUUGUAGCAGACAUGACCAAAAUCUUCGACAACUGCCGCUACUACAACCCCAGCGACUCGCCCUUCUACCAGUGUGCCGAGGUUCUGGAGAACUUCUUUGUCCAGAAACUCAAAGGCUUCAAAGCCAGCAGGUCACAUAACAACAAGCUGCAGUCAGCUGCCUCUUAGCUCUGCUUAAAAAAAACAAAAAAACUAAACAAACCAGGUGUCACACAGACCCGGCUUGUGGUUUCCUCUGACUGAUUAAGAAGCGUGGUCCAAGUCAGGCUGCGUCCGAACCCGACUCCUCUCUGGAGGAACGCCGCCCCCACCUCACACAACACCUCACCUGGCACCUGCAGUGCUGAGAAGAAAGAAGUGAAUUGGAAAAAGGUUCAUUUGUCAUCAAAAAUGUCAGUGUCGUCUUCAUACCAGGGGGCAGGGCAGUUGCAGACUUACUCUCUGGCAGCCUUUUACAUCCCAACCAGCCAUCCCUGCCAGUGUAGCCCCUCCAUGAGAAGAAAGCCUGGAGAGCGCAGAUGGCGAGGCAGCAGCGCUCGUUGGAUGGUCGGUGGCAGUCUUAUCUUUAAAGCAGCAGCAGACUCUUGGAAGUUCAUUCUGUAGCUGAUGGCUCUUUGUUUGUUUGUUUGUUUGUUUGUUUGUUUUGUGUAUCCUAUAUAGCAAGUGUCACCUUCGGUCCCCCUUUCUUAACUUCAUCCUGUCGCGUUUUCACAAUGCAAACAUCCCGCUCGAUUUUAGCCACUGCUUCAACUGGAAACUGCUGUAAAACGUGCACAGCCGAUGUCGGGAAAUGUUUCAUCUGAAGCUAAAUGUGCAAUUUGGAGUUGACUUCCCUCAUAUUCAAUAAGCACCACCUAUGUUUUUGCCAGGAAAAAAUAAUAACCCCACAAAGAUAGGUCGGCACUGCAGACCAGCUUCAUUCAGCCAGUCCUGAAGACGCAGCAUCACCUUACAUUAGACCUAGUUAUACUGACCACAUUGUUUUCAGGUUUUUAGUGCUGCAUGAAGCAUGAAUCAGCCUCAUAUAACUCAGUGUGUCUUUCAGGGUCACAUUUCACUGUAUAUUAUCAAAGCAGCCUGCUGAUGCUGAGAUGAGCCCCCUGUAACAGAAGCUCAGUUUUGUACAACAACAAAAAAAAAGAAAUUGGACAUCAUGUGAGGGGGGUCUUCAUUUUGUGUCAGUGCAGCAGUGCUUUCAUGUUAAUUUCCACAGGGAACACCCAAAAUAAGCUGCCCCACCCACAGCAUCCUGCCGUUCUUUUGACCUUUUUUACCAUUUAGUGUUCUUCUAAAAUGCAAGUUUUAAAAAAAAAAAAAGUCAGCUAGUUUUGUGCCUCCUUAAACAUGACUAUUUGAAAGAGGCAAAGGUCAAUAUAUGAGGAGAGGGAGGGGGAUUUAUUUUAUUUUAUUUUUUUAAAGGCCUUCAGGGAAGGUGAAACUUGUACGAGGCUUAACCGACCUACAAGUACUCCACCCUCCUCUCAUCGAACUCCGGUGUCCGUUUCUGUCGGUGGCUGAGUCUGUAAGUCUGUCUCUCCUUAUCUUUCAGCCACUUCUUCCAGCAUAAUUCACUGAAGCUGACAGGUUGGCUCACAUCUGUCUCUCAACUCUGCCUCAAAGCAUGGUUAAGUAAUUGGGUAAUGGACUUUUCCACUCACAAUCAACUCAGUUAUGUUGCGGUCCGCGGCAGCAGGGUAAACUCCGAGUGGAGUGGGGGUGGGACUGGGGAGUCUUUGUACCGUGGGGUUUGUAUGAAAAUUUUAUAACUGCAUUUUUGGCAUUUCUGGGAGCAUUUUUGUAAUUUGUGAUCAUCCGUUUUGUAGGAGGGGAGCCGUUAAAAGGCAAAGUUGCAGUUGUCUUUUAGUUUAUAUGUUGGAGACUGUUUAUAAUCAGGAAACGUUUCAGUUUUACUCGCAAAGUUUUUACAUUUUCGGGUGUUUUAAUUAGAGUUGAGAGAUAAAGUAGCCUCUGUCAUCUUCUGUGUGUUUGUAUGUCUUUCAUAUGUCUGUCUUUUCAAACAUGGGUCACUUUGUAAUCUGACGAUAAUGUGCUUUAUCCACUGUUUGUAAUCUCUAUUGUAUAUUAUUGCUGUCCAAAUAUGUAGAGAUGAGAGAUUUUUAGAGCAGUAGAAACUUUUAUUUUUCACUAUUUGAACCAGCAACUAAGCCCGCCUGUAUAUUUUAACUGUCUAUUUUUUUCUCUUUAAAGUGAACUCUACAUUUAGGUGAAAUUGCCCUUUAUAUUAAAAGUGCUGCAUAUUGUGAGCAUAAAGGUUUUGAACGGGGUAGAGUGACACAGUAACUCUUGUACAGAGUUUUUCUUUUUUGUAAGAAACCAACCAGUUCAGCAUAACGUCUAUAUUGACAUUGCAUUUCUUGUAUUAUUUAUUCAUAUCAAUGAAAAGUUCUCAGUUUUUUGAGUAAUGUUGGAAAAAACAAAAAAAAAACGUAACUGCAGAUAAAAAGUACUCUAUGUUUUUAACAGAUUGUGGCAACUCUGAGGAGAUUCUCUUUUGUACUUGAUAGGACAUUUCAUCCUAGAUAAUAAAGUAAUGUUUUUGACACCA